AUGUCAGUUCCCAUAAAUAAACCUUCAGGCAAGCGAGGGAAUGAAUUUUCUGAUGAUUCGUUAGAGUGGGAAAAUCAUUUUGUAUUGAGAGUUCCUGAAGAUGUCGCUUCGAAGAUCGACGGUAUGUUAGAUGAUCAGCAAAAUGCUGUUAAAGAAGAUUUGGCUAUCCAAUUCACAACGCCUGACAUGAGACAUGCUACUGUCAGAGUAGGGCAACAUCUUCUCAAUGCCAAAGUCCAUGAUUUGCCAUGUAUAAGUGAGGUCAUGAAAACGAUUGAUAGGAAAAACUUUUUCAAAGUUACGGAUUUAUCUCAAAUAAUGGUCUGCAGCACUGGCACUUCUCAAAUUGAGAACACUACUAAUGCCCUCACAACUGAAACUACAACAGAAGCCAGAUCCAAUACGAAGAAAGAGGUUAAACAAUGGCAAUAUCCACACGGGCUGACCCCUCCGAUGAAGAGUGUAAGGCGAAGAAGAUUCCGGAAGACUAAGAAGAAGAAAUAUAUGGAUGCCCCUGAAGUCGAGAAAGAAUUGAAAAAAUUAUUACGUGCAGACUUAGAUGCCGAGAGUAUUAGGUGGGAAAUAGUCCCGACGGAAGAUAAGAAGAAGGAAAAGCCAUCUGCGGAAGGCGGAGCUGCAGUUGACGAUCAAGCCUUAUUUGGAGAUAAGCUGACCAGUAGUGAAGAUGAUGAUGCAGAGCCAGAACAAGUGGAGGAGAAAGAAGACCAAAUUUAA